UCCAGCUUCUAUGUGUCUGCCGGGAGGGAUCCGCGCACAGCCGCCGGGACGUGUUGACCGGAGCCGGGACGUGUUGACCGGAGCCGGGACGUGUUGGACCGGAGCCGGGACGUGUUGGACCGGAGCCGGGACGGAGGGGAGGAAGCGGCGUUAAAACGGCCGGAAGCCGCCGUGAAUGGUUCUCGUUAAAGCGGCCAAACUUCCUCCGCACAGCGGCCGACCGACACGCUCCUCUCCCGGGGCGCGACCGGCGAUGUCCCCCCCCAGCAUCUAGGAUAUAUCGCCCCCCCCCACCCCCAGCUCGCUCUCUUCUUCUUCUUCUUCGGUUCUUGUAGUUCUUCUACCGACUGUUGCCAGAAGCAGCAGCAGGACAGAGCAGAACAAAGUGGGCCACUAUGGUGCUGCUGCACGCGCGGAGGUGCUUGCAUGGUGUGUGCGCGGGGACCCUGAGCCUGCAGCUCCUGCUGUGGAUUUUAUGCGCCGUGAACGGAGAGGAGCAGCCCUUCAGUGUGGAGGCUUGGCUCCAGAGGUAUGGCUACCUCCCUCCCACAGACCCCAGAAUGUCGGUGCUGCGCUCGGCCCGGAUCAUGCAGUCCGCUAUAGCUGCUAUGCAGCGCCGCUACGGGCUCAACGUCACCGGCACCUUGGACAGCAACACCGUAGACUGGAUGAAGAAACCCAGGUGCGGGGUCCCAGACCAGUUUGGAGGGGCGUCGAAGUUCAGUGUCAGAAAAAGGCGGUACGCCCUCACGGGACAGAAGUGGCAACACAAACAUAUCACAUACAGCAUAAAGAACAUUACGCCGAAGGUGGGCGCCGAGGAGACGCACGACGCCAUACGGCGGGCCUUUAACGUUUGGCAAAACGUGACGCCGCUGCGCUUCGAGGCCGUGCCCUUCAGCGAGCUGGAGAGGACCAAGAAGGACGUGGACAUCACCAUCAUCUUCGCCUCUGGUUUCCAUGGUGACAGUUCUCCCUUUGAUGGUGAGGGUGGCUUCCUGGCCCACGCCUACUUCCCAGGUCCCGGGAUAGGAGGGGACACGCACUUUGAUUCGGACGAACCGUGGACGCUGGGCAACCCGAACCACGACGGUAAUGAUUUGUUCCUGGUGGCGGUCCACGAGCUUGGCCACGCGCUGGGUCUAGAGCACUCCAACGACCCGACAGCCAUCAUGGCUCCUUUCUAUCAGUACAUGGACACAGACAACUUCAGGCUGCCUCUUGAUGACCUGCUGGGCAUACAGAAGAUUUACGGGCCCCCAGACAAGAUCCCACAGCCCACCAAGCCCCUGCCCACAGCACCGCCACCCCGGUCCCACCCGCCCUCAGACCCCCGCAAGCCAGACCGGCAGACGCGACCCCCGAGGCUGCCGCCGGGCGACAGGCCGCACUACCCCAACACAAAGCCCAACAUCUGUGACGGAGGCUUCAACACCCUGGCCAUUCUGCGGAGGGAGAUGUUUGUCUUCAAGGACCACUGGUUUUGGAGGGUGAGGGACAACUCUGUGAUGCCUGGCUACCCCAUGCUCAUCAACUACUUUUGGAGGGGUCUUCCCCCCAAGAUCGACGCGGUCUAUGAGAACAGCGAGGGAAAAUUUGUCUUCUUCAAAGGGAAACAGUUCUGGGUGUUCACCGACACCGUGCUCCAGCCGGGCUACCCAAAGGACAUCUCUCUGUUCGGCCACGGCAUGCCGGCCCAGAGCAUCGAGACCGCCGUCUGGUGGGAGGAUGUGGCCAAGACCUACUUCUUUAAAGGGGACAGGUACUGGCGGUACAAUGAGGACAUGAGAACCAUGGACCCUGGAUACCCUAAACCCAUCUCCGUGUGGAAGGGCAUUCCCGAAUCGCCGCAGGGGGCGUUUGUCGACAAAGCCAACGGUUUCACCUACUUUUACAAGGGGAAGGAGUACUGGAAGUUCAACAACCAGCGUCUGCGCGUGGAGCCCGGCUACCCUCGCUCCAUCCUCAAAGAUUUCAUGGGCUGCGACCUGACGCCGGUCGACCCCGAGUGGCCCCCGACCGACGACGGCAACUCGGACGUGGUGAUCGAGCUGGAGAAGGAGGCCAACACGAUGAAGGCCAUCGCCAUCGUCAUCCCCUGCGUGCUGGCGCUGUGCCUGCUGGUGCUGGUCUACACUGUGGUGCAGUUUAAGAGGAAGGGCACGCCGCGCCACAUACUGUACUGCAAACGCUCCAUGCAGGAGUGGGUCUGAGAGACAACGGAGGGGAGGAGAAGGAGGAGGAGGAGGGAUGGAUGGACGGGUGGAGGGGCCCUCUCCUGUGUCGGAUUAGGAAGGGGAAGGAGACGGAGGAGGUGGCAUUGUGGACUUUUGGACACCUGCAAAGCGAACACGCGGCCAUUUCCUCCCUCCUCUUUCUGUGCGAUCUGACCUCCUCUCUACGCCGCACAGAAACAGUCUGAGGUGGUGGGCAGGCGGGGUGGUGGGCGCCGCCCUCCACCCCUCCAUCCAUAUGACGUGACGCCCACACAGAGAACUUUAAAGCUGACUCCGCAGAGCCCCGGUCACCCACCCCACCCCCCGCCCCGAACCCUUUUCGACGAACAGAGGCGGCGUCUUCGUGGACCUGCGAGGAGAGUCUUUGCCUAAACGAACCUUUUUGUCCUGCUGGGCAAGAGGAAGCAUCAUCACUUUGUACCCGACAAACUUCACUUGCUUCCUCCCUCCCUCACGCCGUCUCUGCUACUGCCCAGCGCAGCCGCUCUUAAAAGAAGGGGGGACGGGGGGGGGGGGGGGCGGGUGGAUGGGGUGGCGGGACCUUCAGGGCGACUCAAGACUCUUCCCGCAAUGCACUGCGUUGUCAUCAGUCAUAUCAGGUUGUGGAGAGAACAAAAGUCGCUUCGUUCUUUUAUAUCUUUUGAUCGCCACCACCACCUCAAGCUGGGAAGAUUAACGCCUCCACCUCUACUAACCAUUAACCAAGAACCAUCUCAUCAACCAUCUCCUCGCCAUUCUCUCCACUUGCUCACUUCUCCCGUUGUUUUCUAAUUUAUUUGUUUUCUCGCUCUCUCUUCUUCUUCUUUUUUUUCCUGGAGAAAGGAGGUCCUUAGCGUUCCCUUUAAUGCAAUCCUAAAGAAAAGUUCAACCCAAACCAAA